CUGUUUGCGGCUGUUCUAACGGUCUGCCGCCCAAACAGCAGUAGAAGAAGGAGUGAGUGCGCAUUGCAGUGAAAAGCGGAUCGCGCUCGUUCUUCCCCCUCAUUCGACCUCCAUCGCAGCUCCCAGCAACUUCCCUUAAAUCUCCGUGAGAGACAAAGCUAUAGCAAAAAUGUCGGACGAGGGAAAAUUAUUCAUCGGAGGUCUGAGCUUCGAGACCAACGAGGACUCCCUGGCUGCGGCCUUCGGCAAAUACGGAACCAUCGAGAAGGUGGACGUGAUCAGAGACAAAGAAACCGGAAGAUCUCGUGGGUUUGGCUUCGUAAAAUACGACAAUGCAGAGGACGCUAAAGACGCGCUGGACGCCAUGAAUGGAAAGACGCUGGAUGGACGUGCUAUUCGGGUGGAUGAAGCUGGAAAGGGAGGGCGCUCCAGAGGCGGUUUUGGCUCCGGCCCACGAGGAGGCAGAUUUAGCGGCUCCAGAGGGAGAGGUGGGCGUGGUUAUUCCCGAGGUGGAUAUGGUGGAGACAGAGGGUAUGGAGACAGGAGUUAUGGUGACAGAAGCUUUGGUGGUGGAGACAGGAGCUUUGGUGGCAGUGGAUACAGGAGUGGAGGAUAUUCCUCAGGCGGCUACAGGGAAAACAGGGGGCAGGGUGGAUAUGGUGAGCGUUCAGGAUCUGGAUCCUACCGCGAUGGAUACGACAGCUAUGCUACACAUGAGUAAACAUCUCCCUGAUUCAAGAUCUUCACUUGGCUGGCUGUUUUUCAAAGAUGCGCUCCUCAAGAAAAAUGUCCACGUGUUUGCUGACCUUAGUUCUGUAGUUUUGUUGUAAUAGUUCAGCAUCUUUAAAAAGAAGAAAAAUGUAGCAAUGGGUUCUGGUCAUUCCUGUUACAAAUUACAGUUCAAGAAUCUUAACCAUGCUUAAUUGGACUCAUUUCUCAAAGAUCGUGCAACAAAAGGCAUCUGUAAUCUGAUACUGUAAAGUCCCAUUUUUGGGGAUCAAAACAGUUCUCAACAUGGCUUUUCAUUGAACAGCCACUACCAUUGCUCUAAACUUUGUCCAGCACUUGAAGUGCUUCCUGAUUUGAUUCCUUUUCUUAUAUAUUGCAAUAUCUGGGGCUUGUUUGUGUUCCUUAUUUUCCCCCUCAGUCUCUGACUGACCUACCUCCUGCCAGGUUUUAAACUGAGAGGAAAGAUAUAUGCUCAUAAACAGACUUUUGGGAGACUUGAUGCUAAAUUCAAAUUAAUAUUAAAAAAGAAGAAAAAAAACCUUAGUUUAACUGAGGCUCCUGUUUGUUCAAUUUCCCAAAAGAGUGAAUUCCUUUCAGACUGGUGAACUACACAUCCGAAGUGGCCGGCUGUUCAUGAAGUUGCAAAUUGCAGCAUGCUACAGUCUGUCCAAGGUAUCUUCUGUGCUCUGCUCAACAUCUGCAUUUUUAAUGUGCUGUAAAAUGGACUAAUCUUGUUUAAAGUGAUCGAGAAAUGUAUCUUUGUUUCCCUAAAGCUAUAUAUAUCUCAAACCGGGAACAGUUUUGUACUUUUUGUUCUUUGUAUGAUCAACUUUUUUUUUUGUCAGUUUGGCUUCAUGGAGCCUAUUAAACAAAUUGUGGAAAAUGA